GAUGCCCAACCGGGGCAUAUCCCUGCUCUGCGUAUAAAGGGCUGCUUGGAUCUGGAGUUAGGGCAAAUAGAGCUGGGCUAUGGCGACGACAAUCAUCCCCGGCCUGGACAGCGAUGCCGCUUACCAGUGCCUCCUGCGAGUGUCCCUCUCAUCUCAUGGGCAGAUGCGCAAGGUGAGCCGAGCGUGGAGGGAUCUCGUCUCCAGCGCCAAGUUCUACGAUGAUCGCGCUGCACAGGGGUUGGACGAGGAAUGGCUUGUCGCCACGGUGAUCCUCAGGCAAGAGGACGAGCUUUUGAUCAUGGCGUUCAAUCCCAGUAGCUCCAAGAAAGCGUGGAUGGUUCUUCCUCCUCCACCGCGGGGCUUCUACGCCGCUGGGGGAUUCGAUUGCAGGGCCCUCGGCAGCAAGCUCUAUCUUCUCGGAUUAGGCGGGAAAUCACUGAGCGUCUUCGAUUCACACACGAAUCGAUGGAGCGCCGCAGCGCCAAUGCUGUGUCCUCGAUUCUCCUUUGCGUCCGCGGCUAUGGAGGGUCAGCUCUACGUCGUUGGUGGCAACCGUGAGCGGCAGGAACAGGACGCUGAGACAUACAAUCCGCUGGAGGACCGAUGGUAUCCCCUCCCGCCAUUGCCACCGCAUGGGACCAUGGCCUUUCGCAACGCUCUCGUCGUGGAUGCACAAGAUCAUUCCUGGGAAGUGGCGGACAUGACUAGAUUGCGCGGGUGCCGGUGUAUUGUGCAUGGCAACCGGAUCUACGAUGCCAACACGUUGCAGAGAUAUGACAGUGGCAACAACUCGUGGGAGGCACUCCAGCUGACGAACGCUUCUUCCAGCGAUAGCAAGUCUGUGUUCCAUGGUGUGAGCUGCCAGAAGAACAUCUGGGCAGUCAAGGAGGAUUGCAAGGUCGUGAAAGUGAUCCAAGUUCCCAACGAUGGCAGCCUGGAAGCCAAGGUGAUGGCAGUUUAUGAGCUCAGCGUGCCUUUCAGCAACUUAUAUCCAACAUUCGACCUUGAAGUUCUUCGAGCUUGAUGAUUCUUGGAUCAGCUACUAGCUAAAGAAAAGUUUUUUACAUGGAUCUCCAUGUUGUAAAAAGAUAGUUUUAUUUCAUUUAAGGCAGCAUUACAA